AGGUAUCUCCUUGCUCUUAUAUAAACUUUUUCCUGAAUUCAACGCUAAACUUCAGAUUCAGUUCCACUCACCGAAACUCUACAAAUCUCAGGCUCUUCUUGGUUUACAGGUUUUCAUGGCGUCUGCACCCAAAAUGAUGACCCCCAUUUGUCUGGUGGAAAACAAGAAUGAAAAAUUGUCAGUGAACCAGGAAGCUCUAGAGAUUCUACAGAAGAUUUCUCAGCCAGUGGUGGUGGUGGCCAUUGUAGGGCCAUAUCGUACAGGCAAAUCCUACCUGAUGAACUGUCUUGCAGGACAAAAUCAAGGUUUUCUUCUGGGCUCAACAGUGCAAUCUAAAACUAAAGGUAUCUGGAUGUGGUGUCUUCCCCACCCCUCCAAGCCAGAUCAAGUCCUCAUCCUGCUGGACACUGAGGGCUUAGGAGAUGUGGAAAAGGCAAACCCUAAGAAUGACUCGUGGAUCUUUGCCUUGGCUAUACUUCUGUGCAGUAGCUUUGUCUACAACAGUGUGGGCACAAUCAAUCACCAGGCCCUGGAGCAGCUGCAUUAUGUGACAGAGCUCACAGAACUCAUUAAGGCAAAGUCUUCCACUAGCCCUGAUGAAGAAGACGAUUCUGCGGAAUUUGUGGGUUUUUUUCCAGACUUUAUCUGGACUGUCCGUGAUUUCAUUCUGGAACUGAAUAUUGAUGGUCACUCUAUCACAGAAGAUGAGUACCUGGAAAAUGCCUUGAAACUGAGUAGAGGCAGAAACCCCCAAAUUGAAAGAUCCAAUUCUACAAAAGAGUGUACUAGGGAUUUCUUUCCAAAAAGGAAGUGUUUUGUCUUUAAUUGGCCAGUACAAAACAAAGAUCUUCUAGCCAAUAUUGAGAAUGUACCUAAAAACCAACUGGAUCCCCAAUUUCUGGAACAAACCAAAAAUUUCUGUUCUUAUAUAUUCACCAAUGCAAGAAUCAAGACGCUUAAAGAGGGUGUCAUUGUUACCGGAAAACGUAUGUCUACUCUGGUGGUGACUUACGUGGAUACCAUCAGAAGUGGAGCAGUUCCUUGUUUGGAGAACGCAGUGACAGCACUAGCUGAGCUAGAGAACUCAGCGGCAGUGCGGAUGGCAUCUGAUCACUACAGUGAACAAAUGACCAAGAAAGUAAAAUUCCCAACAGAGACGGUCCAGGAGCUCCUGGACAUGCAUGCAACCUGUGAGAAUGAGGCCAUUGCAAUAUUCAUGAAGUAUUCCUUCAAGGAUAAAAACCAAGAGUUUCAGAAGGAACUGCUGGAAAUCCUAAAGAAUAAAAAGAAAGAACUUUUGCUGCAGAAUGAAGAGGCAUCUGUUAAAUGCUGCCAGGCUAUUAUUGAGCAGCUUUCAAAGGCCCUUAUGGAAAGACUUUCAGUAGGAGCUUUCUCUGUUCCUGGAGGGCACAAAUGCUACAUGGAAAUAAUGGAAAGAAUUAAGCAGGACUAUAAACAGGUGUCCAGGAAAGGAGUGAAGUCAAAUGAGGUCUUCCAGAACUUCUUGCUGUCACAGGAGACAGUGGAGAAAUCCAUCCUGCAGUUAGACACAGCCCUCACUGAAGGGGAAAGAAUCUUAGCAGAGGAGCGGACUAGGAGGGAGAAAACUGAAAAGGAGCACGAGCUGUUCAAGCAGAAGCAACAGGAGCAGCAGCAACUGAUCGAAGCAGAAAAGAAGACUCUACAGGAAAACAUAGCUCAACUGAAACAAAAGUUUGACCAAGAAAGAGAAUACCUUUUGGAAAACUGUAACAAAAUGUUGGAACAUAAACUGAAGAUUCAGAAAGAGAUGCUUAAUGAAGGUUUCAACAAAAGAGCUGAAGCUAUGAAUUCAGAAAUUAAUCAGUUGGAAAAGAGGAUUAAAGCCACUCAGAAUGAUGCUUCCUGGAAUUAUAGAAAUUUUUUAGAGACUGCUACUAAAACCUUCACUUCAGUAUUAGCUUCUAAUCCAGAAAUUGUAGUACAACUCAUAAAAGAGAUCAAGUCACUGUUCAAAUAAAAUUAGUUAUCCUUUAAAGAAAAUUGCAGCAUACAGUAAUCACUCUAACCUCCCUUGAUAUAUAUGCUAUUUACUUUCAUUCAGCAAAGUUUUAAGCGUAAUAAAUAUGUACUAGAUUAUACUAAUGCCCAUUACUUAUUAGAUCAAAUAAAUGUUCAAUUUGAUAUAAAUGUUUACUUUAGGAAAUGCGUAUGUGAAAAAUCAUAUGUAUAUCAAUACAUCAUACACAUAUUUAAACAAGAAGUCCAUGUGGUAUUAUUGUUAAUGACUAAAAAUGAAAAACAUUUCAAUGUCUAUUUAUAUGAACUGGUAAAUUGGACAUGUACACAUAUUGGCACACUAUAAUGCCAGCAAAUAAUAUAUUUGAAUACAUAACAAUAUAAAAAGUAGUAUAAUAAAAAUGAGGCAUAAUAUUUUUUGCAUAAUGUGUUCAGUGUUAAAAUGUAUAAGAAUAUCUAUGAAAAUAUGGAGUAUUUCUAGAAAGAUUCAUUAGAACCUAAUAUCAUGGUUUAUGCUGGAGAGAACAGAGACAUCAAGGUGAAAUAUUCUAUGCUUUUCACUAUAUAUUUCACCUUUUAAAUUUUAUGUAGCACUGUAGCACUGUCUGUAGCACUGUCCUACAAAUUGAGUUGUUCAUCAAUUUGCUCAAGUGGGCACCAGUAACGUCUCCAUUGUGAGACUUGUUUGUUACUGUUGUUGGCAUAUCGAAAAUGCCACAGGUAGCUUGCCAGGCUCUGCUGUGAGGGCAGGAUACUCUUGGUAGCUUGCCACGCUCCCUGAGAGUGAUGGAGAAAUUGAACGCAGAUUGGCCGCAUGCAAGGCAAAUGCCCUACCAGCGGUGCUAUCACGACAGCCCUUAAAUUUUAUAUAAAAGGUUUAAAUAAUUUAUAACUGUAAUGAGGUUAAAACUUCAUUAAAUAGCAAAGUAGGGCCAGGGUGAAGUACAAUAAGUAGGGAACUUGUCUUGCAUAUAGCCAUUUGGGGUUAAAUGGCACCACAUAUGCUUGCCAUGAGUGACUGACCACUGAGCACAAAACCAGGAGUAAUUCCCAAACACUAUGGCGCGUGUCCCAAAACAAACAAAUGAGAAUAACAACAAAAAAGAAGAAAUUACUACUAAUACUUGUAUGAUACUGAUACUAGUGAUAAAAAAAGGAAAAUGACAUUGACUAUUAGUAGGUCAGCAUGCAAAUUGCUUCUAGAAAUGAUAUCAGCUUCCUCAGCGUGGGGUUAAAGAUUAAGUAAAGUGUGGAAAUAAUAAUAUAGAGAUUGUAAAGAUAGCUCUAAGAGCUGAGGGUAUAUUUUGCAUGCUGGUAGUCAGCAUUUGAUUAAGAAUAUUUUGAGCACUUCUGAGAGCAGUCCCUAAUCUCAGAAUAGAUAAAAGUUGCCAAGCACUGCUCAAAUGUGGCCCCAAAACCAACUCUUGGACUCUCUUAACUAUGUAAAUAAAAUAAGUUUCAUAUGGAUCAAGAUGAAACAUGAAGUUUAACUAUAAACUUUUUGGUAUAGGAGAGUAUAAAGAUAUUUGUAACAGAGAAGACACAAAUGUGUGACAUGAAAGACAAAAAGAUAAUUUUUUUAUUAAGCAAUAAAAGCAGAGUAAAAAUACAGAUGGCAACAUGAUUAUUCUCUGGCAUCUGACUUUUGCUUUAGUUUUUCUUUUUCUAGUUUCUUUAGGAAUUGAAUAAGGUAUUUUAGUUGUGAUUCUUCUGAAAUAGACUGAGUUUUUUCUAUAAAUUUCUCCAGGAGUAACACUUUUGCUGUAUCCCAAUAAUACUAACAAGUUAUGGAUUAAUUUUAAUUUUCUUUUUUCAAAAAACAAAUAUAAGCAAGAGAAUAAUAAAAUUUGGAACAAAAAUAAAGAUCA